UGUCACCACCAGCCAUGGGGGCUGGGCACCCCCACUGCUAUCUGAUGGUUCCCGUCAACCCCAGCCACAGGGUGUUCCCACAUACCCACGUCCUGCAUCCUCCUGACAAACAUCCCAAGGCAGUUCAAACACGGGUGGUGUGUGGGUGACGCACGGAUGGGCCAGGCAGGGCGUGGGGCCUGGCCAGCUGCCAUCCUUUGGUCAGGGAUAUGGGCGAUGCUGGCGGGUGGUACCCACAGCCCCACUGGUCACUGCAGGGAUGCUCUGGCUGGGAACAGGGCAGCUUCCCCCAGGGCUCAUCCCCACCAGCCCCUGGGCCAGCUGGGGCUGGGCCAGCGGGCAUCCCUGCCUGGUGUCAGGCUGUCACCAAAAUAGGGAAUAAACCUCCUAACACCAGUGUAGUGUUAAAAGGCAGGCAUUCUUUAUUCACAGUGCCGGAUGCACGGGGGAUCCCUCCACAUAACACGCAUACGGCGGAUUACAUCAACCAAAACUUAUAUUGUCUGGUUACAUACAUAUGCAUCAAAUUUCCCGGAACUAAUUAUCAUAUUUACAUAGUCAUUACGCAUGCGUCCUUGAAAGCUGAGGGGCGUCUCCGGUGGUCCCUGGUGGUCUCUGGUGGUCAUAUCAAGCGUCCUUUGAUUGACCGCUUCCUACAUGCAUGCGCACUGCCAACAUAAUUUGUUUCUUUCUCCGUAGCACCCAAGCGGAAUGUAAAGUAUGUAAGGUAGAACGCCCUUCACCAAGGUUUCUAAAACACACCAAAAACCUAUUACUUUGGUUACAUUAAAACACUCCUCAACUUAUUAUUAAAAUGGAUAGGAUACAUAGGUAGUAGCCUAGCAAUAAUGUUCACAUUUUAACUGUCCCAUCACCUUGGUUUCAGAGACUAAAAUACAGAUCAAAGAAUGCAUAACAAAACCACUACUAUCUUGGUGCCAAGGCUGCUCUCCCCUGCAAAGUUACCUCUGUGUUUCAUUGGUAAUUAACCCUAAUUGCAGAUGGUUUGUUGAUCAACUAGGAGAGGUUCUUCCUGUCUUCUCCGGAGAAACUUUCAGUGUAAACAGUGGAGGUCUGGGCAGCUUUCCAGCAAAGCAGGGGGGAUGGAGGGGAGUCAGUAGUAAGAUUUUUUAUGGUGAGAAUCACCUGAGCUGGGCAAACAGUGAUGCUGGUGAGCACUAGGCUAUAAAGGGCAGCUCCUCUCCUCUCCCGGUGACCCAGGAGAAGCCAUUAUUCCUCCUGAUCUCCAGACAGCAGCUCUUGCAGGAGACGCAUCUGGGAGUGAGGAGGAUGGUGGCAGCUGUCAGACUCACCCUGCUGCUGCUGGGCUGUGCAGGGCUCCUGCAGCUCGCUGGUGCCCGGUACAUAAACUACUGCCCUAUGGGCUGGUACUACUACAAGCUCAGCUGCUUAAAGUACUUCCGUCAGCUCCUAAGCUGGGAUGAGGCUGAGAGGCAGUGCCAGGCCAGUCAUCCCAGUGCCCACCUAGCCUGGGUGGAGGAGCCCCGGGAGGCAGCCACCCUGCGGAAGAUCAUCUCCUACUACCAGCAGGUGCAGUCCGUCUGGCUCGGUCUCCACUACGGGCAUGAGAGCCGAGCCUGGCAGUGGGUGAGUGGGGGCAAGUACAACGUUACCAGUGGGCUGGCUGGGAACAGUGCCCAUGGGGGUACCUGUGGCAUGCUGAACCACCUGAGCAGCUUCACUCUGUGGUCCAGCGAUGACUGCACCCAGAAGUAUCACUAUAUCUGCAAGUUCACCCCUUAACACUGAGUACAGACCCCAGGCCCAUGGGGGAUCUCGUGGAGGAGCCCACAGCAGCGAUGCUCCUUCCUUGCCACCUCUGUUCUUCUCUCCCCAACUCCUAAAAAUACAUCUAUAAAA